AUGGGCGUCACCCAAGGCAGUGAGCGUCACCCGAGGCAUCUCCGGACACAACAACGAAAGACACGUAACACGGCAAGCGUGAAGGAGCAGCCAGUAACUCCACCAUACCAGAGGAGCGUGGCGGCCGUCUUGCUGCUACUUGUAAUGCCUUAUAUGCUACUUGACCCGGCACUUGCUCUCCCGGCACCUGCUCAUCUACGAUCUGCUAGCAAAACCCCUGCUGACCCAGCAUCUGCGACCACAACACCUUCUGCUGUAGGAUCUGCUAGCCCAGAACCUGCUGCACAUCACUCUACUGAGCCACAGCGCAUCGGCAACGAGUAUGACCACUGGGGAGGUUGGACGAAGCUUCACUCCGCCGCCAUCGACGGUAACAACACCUGGGUGGAGGAGCUCAUCUCUGAGGGAGCAAACAUCAGCGCAGUCACCGAUAGUGGCGAGACGCCUCUCUACUACGCUCGCAAGGAAGGUCACAGGCAGGUGGUGGAGACGCUGCUCAAGUGGAACGCUGACGACUGGACAGACCUCCACAAGGCGGCCUACCAUGGCGACAAGAGCCAAGUGGAGGCUCUCCUCGCUAAAGAAGCCGACAUCAUCAACGCCACAACCGUCACCAAUGAAACAUCUCUCCUUCUGGCUGUACAGGAGGACCACGUGGCCGUUGCUGAGGCCCUCAUUCACCGCCACGCUGAUAUCAACAUUGCUGACCUUAAGGGUAAGACCACGUACUAUGUCAACCUUGCUGACCUUAUGGGUAAGCUGGAGUACCAGUGCAAGCGAGAUGAUAACUUCCUCGACCCUCACGUGUUCCCAAAGUAG